AUGAAACAAUACAUUGACAAAUAUUUAGCAGAGGCAGAUAAAUCAAUACCAACAAAUUCAGAAGAACCUGAAAAGGUGUCGCCGGUUGAGAGUGAAGGCAUUAAGCCAGUUUUGCAAGAUGAAGAGAAUCCAGCCGACCUAAAUGAUGAGAAUCAAGAUGAGACAUAUGAAGAAAAGCCAGUAUUUCUUGGUGGGGGUAAACAAUAUGAAUUCGUUGAGAAAGAAGCAGUUGAUCCAGUUGAGAAUGAAACAGAAGAACCCAAUAAAGAAAAAUUAGAUAAGACAAAUGAGGAGAAGCCAGUUGUGCCAGAUGAGGAGGAAGCAGUUGAGACAGAUGGGGAGGAAACCGUUGAUCUAGUUGAGAAUGAGCCAAUUGAUAAACCUCCUUUCAUAUAUCUCUAUGAUUUGAUCAAGUUUCUUUAUCCAGAAUAUUCGAAAUUUCUCGACACGUGUAACGUUGAAACUGUGCCAAUUCUUUGA